AUGGCGACGCUCUUGGGCUGCGAUGCGAUACCUGCGGCUUCCGCCUGCGCCAAGGAAGCACGGCAGCAUCUGCCGCGAGAAUGUUGUGGAGAUGCUUUUGAAGAAGAGCUUGUGUCUCAGCCCCUCCCGGCUGCGCCUGCCCCGGCCGCAGAGAUCCGCAGAUCCACCCGCAUAGCUCGUGUUGAGACGCAGGAGAAGUAUUUGGAUCUGGCCUCUGUGCCCGGCUAUGACCCGGCCUACCUUAUGGGCUGGCGCUUAUCGACCACAGGUCACCACACCGUCGAGGACCAGCCUGAAGGCAAUACUCAGUUGUCCACAAAGAAUGGUUGGUCGAGCGUAGCCCUGGCUGGGGACUCCAGUACCAAGCGCUUCACUCGCGCCGCGAUGCAACGCAUGGGUUUGCUACUGCUAUGCCCAGACAGCUCGUGUGAAGUCCCGAAGGAAUUCUGCCCCAAGGACUGCUGCCCGACGGCCUCAUGCGUGAAAGAGAGGUACAAUGCUGCGCUAGAGAUGAGCCGGAGCGUGGAGCCGGAUGUCGAGGCGGCUGCAUGCACUGUGGAUGCAGAGGUCUAUGCCUCAAUUGACGCCCCUGAGGAGGCAGCUAUAGAAGAAGCCCAGGAAGCGCAGGUUGAGCAAGGGAAGAGCGAACGUCGAGACAGUACCUCUUCAAGAAUGUCGAAAGUUUCGCAAAGGAGCAUCGCCUCCCAAACCUGGGCCCCAGCCGCCACCCGGGCCCUUCUGUCCAAGCAGCCCCGGCGGCGAAGUACCUGCUCGGUGAGCAGCAUCACCAACUCGGCGACCACCUCGACGGUUCGGUCCUUGCUGAACACCAAGGCGGUGCUUGAGGAUUUGGAGGGCUCCGAAGAAUAUGAAUAUGGGCGCCUUUUGCCAAUUCUUUUGGAGAUGGAGCGGGAGACUCCGGGUGAGCAAUGUGUGAGGCAGUUCUUGGCCGAAAACUGCGAGAUCAGCCCGUCCUUGCUGGAUGCCUUGCCUUUUCUUCGGACCUUGGAAGAUCCAAGCUUUCAGUUGUCACAAGACUUCAGGAAGACGUCAGUAUUUCGACACUUUCUGAUUGUGCUGCAGGAGCUCUCGGUGUCGGACGCCACCUGCGAGCAGAGCUUCCGGCAGCUGAGCCGCCGCGGCGGCAGCGGCGGAGCCCUGCAGCCAAAGUGCCAGCAGCGUGCCCAGCAGUUGUGCAUCCAUCGCUUUGAGGCAAACAUACCAUGGAAGGAAUGGGAGGAGGUCUUGUCCGUGGCCUUCCGGGGUGCUGGUCCCAAGCUGACCUAUACCUCUUGGGCAGUGGCCUGUCGCCGGACCAUGCGCAUCGUGCGGCUGAUCAUUACCUUGCGGCUCGCGCGCUGA